GUGAUGAAGAAAGAAGAAGGGGGAAAUCAGACCUCCAUCACAGAAUUCAUCCUCCUAGGAUUUGGGAGUCUUCCUGAACUGCAAAAUUUCCUCUUCCUGCUGUUUCUAAUGAUCUAUGUUGUGACCAUGGCUGGGAACAUCCUCAUCAUUGUGUUAGUUGUGGCUGAUCAGCAUCUUCACACCCCCAUGUACUUCUUCCUGGGGAACUUGUCCUUCUUGGAGACCUGCUACACCUCCACCAUCCUGCCUAGGCUGCUGGCCAGUCUCCUGUCUGGGGACAGAAUAAUUUCUGUUAGUGGCUGCAUAAUGCAGUUUUAUUGGUUUGGUUUCCUAGUGACCACUGAGUGUUACCUGCUAGCUGUGAUGUCCUAUGAUAGGUACUUAGCGAUAUGCAAACCCCUGCACUAUGCAGCCUUAAUGAAUGGCAGGUUCUGUAUACAGGUAGCAGCCGGAUCUUGGAUAAGUUCAUUUGUGGCCAGUACCACCAUAGUAUGUUUGAUGUCACAAUUAAAGUUCUGUGGCCCUAAGGAAAUUGAUCAUUUCUUUUGUGAUCUCAUCCCAGUAAUAAAACGUUCCUGUGAUGACACCAACCUGAUCACACUGCUGAGUUUCAUCCUCACCUCCAUAGAUGCACUGUCCGCAUUUCUAUUAACCGUGACAUCCUAUGUUUGUAUCAUUACCACUAUUCUGAGAAUCCCUUCCACUGCUGGGAGGCAAAAGGCCUUUUCCAUCUGCUCCUCCCACCUCAUUGUGGUGACAAUUUUCUAUGGGACUAUAAUCAUUGUCUAUAUGUUACCAGACGCUGACACACUGAGAGACCUGAACAAAGUGUUCUCUGUCUUCUACACCAUUUUAACUCCUUUGGUCAACCCCCUCAUCUACAGCCUGAGAAACAGAGAGGUCAAGGAGGCCCUGAGAAAAGUUUGCUCUAGGUAUCACAUGUUUUAA